CUCUGCACGUGUCCAGAGGGCUCUUUUUUAUUUUUCCCUUCUAAUUAUGUCACACCUUUCUGGACUGAAUCUUGGCCCUAAAAACAGGUCCCGGAGUUAAUCUCUAAUUCAGACUAAGUCCUCCUCUGUCUGCCUCGCAGCAGUGAGCCCCUGUUUUCUGGCCUGGCUGGGCGUUUUCGGCUUCCCGCGCUCUACUUGGAGCCGAGCUGCCCUUGCCGAGGGAGCCCGCUAGAUGGCGGCGCAGAGAGUUUUGCGCGGGUUCCUUGCUUGCUGGCUGCCCAGCUGCGGCUUCUCGCCUUGGUAGUGGCGGCGGCGCGGCGGCCCCACAUUCGGCGCGGGAUCGGGACUGUGAGCGGGAGGGCGAAUCUGGGUCGGGGGGCUGGCGGACAUGCGAAGAGUUGGACCGCACGCUUCGGCCGGAACACAGGAACAACUUGGAAGCAUUGAAAAAUUAGCUUCUAUUCUGUUGUGAAGUCUGCUCUGGUCUUGUGAAAUUUCUCUGUGGCCUGCAGUGACACUCCGUGAAAUCAGCAGGAAGAUUCUUCAGCAAUCUUUCAAGAUUUUCUUGUAGAAAAGGGCUGUGUUGCCCAGUGGGCAGCAGCCUUGGUCGCUCAGGAAGAAUGAAAAGGAAUGUGCCCCUUUAUCUGAUGGUUCUCUUUGCGGUCACAACAAUGGGAUACUCUUCCAAAUGCUCUGCAAUGGAUUUGGAUGCCACACCUCGAGUAACAGUUGCUUAUAACGAUUUGACCACUGCAAGACGUUUUAGCAGCCAUGCCCAGAAUUACACCACCCUUCUGCUAGAGGAUGAGAAGGGAAUUCUUUAUGUAGGAGCCAGAGGGGCUAUAUUCUCCUUAAAUUCCAGCAACAUUGCUGAUGGCUCCCAACAGACAAUGGAUUGGGAAGCCUCUCCCGAGAAGCGGGCAGAGUGCCUGAAAAAGGGCAAAAACAACAAGACAGAGUGUUACAACCACGUCAAGCUUUUGCAGCGGCUGAAUGCAACCCACCUGUAUGCCUGUGGCACAUAUGCCUUCCACCCGCUUUGCACAUACAUUGAUACUAACAAGUUCGCAUUACUCUCCCACUUUGAGGAAGGGAAGGAGAAAUGCCCUUAUGAUCCUGCCCGAGGCUACACAGGUCUCAUUGUGGAUGGCAGUUUAUAUACGGCAACACGCUAUGAAUUCCGCAGCCUGCCAGACAUCCGACACAACCGACACCAGCGACUUCUGAAGACUGAAGAAUCUCCCUUGCACUGGUUGAAUGAAGCCGAGUUUGUGGCCUCUGUGCUGGUCAAGGAAAGUGUGAGCAGCCCUGUGGGUGAUGAUGACAAGAUCUAUUACUUCUUCACAGAGCAAGCUGGAGAGGAGAGUGCCUCUAUAUUUGACAAGACACAGGUGCCCAGAGUAGCCAGGGUGGCUCGAGUGUGUAAGAAUGACCUUGGUGGCAAGAAGAUUCUCCAGAGGAAAUGGACAUCCUUCAUGAAAGCAAGGCUGGCCUGCUAUGUUCCUUACUAUGAGGUCCUGAAGGAUGUUUUCAGCCUGGAUGGUGGUGACUGGCAGAGCACCAUCUUCUAUGCAGCUUUCACCCUGUCGGCGCAGUGGAGGAGCAUGGAGGUGUCUGCUAUCUGCCGAUACAACAUCUCUGAGGUGCGGGCAGCCUUUGAAGGGACUUACAUGCAAUACCAGGACUCCUCACGCAAAUGGUCCCCAUAUACUGGAGAGGUGCCAGAGCCCCGUCCAGGAUCGUGCAUCACCAAUCGUGCUCGCAAGAAUGGCUACAACUCCUCCCAGGACCUACCCAACAGCGUGCUGGAUUUUAUCAAGCUCCAUCCACUGAUGUAUGAAGAGGUGAAACCUGCAGAUGGAGUCCCCCUGUUGGUGAAGAAAAAUGUGAUUUAUACUCAAGUAGCUGUAGACAGAGUCCGGGCCCUGGAUGGGCACGAGUAUGACAUGCUCUUCUUGGGAACAGGUAAUGGCUGGAUUCACAAGGCAGUGGUCAUUGGUUCCAGGGUCCACAUCAUAGAGGAGAUCCAAGCCUUCAGAGUCCCCCAGCCUGUGGAGAACCUUGUCAUCUCGAAACAGCAGAGGAGUCUAUAUGUGGGGGCCCAGAGUGGAGUCUUGCAGUUACCACUCUCCUCCUGCAGGCAAUAUAUCUCCUGCUUCGAUUGUAUCCUGGCCCGGGACCCAUACUGUGGCUGGGAUGGUGAGAGCUGCAAAGAACUAGCUGAGAUGCUGGACAGGGCUCUGCUGACCCAGGACGUGAUGCAUGGCAACGUGGGCUGCUGGAAUGACUCUGCCCAGGCCACACCCAUGCAGAAGAACCGGACGGUGCUGCGUGGCGAUGAUGUACUCUUGCCUUGCGAACAGACAUCCAACCUGGCACGGGCGACUUGGCGGGUGAAUGGCAUAGAAGUGCUGGCGGAGGAAGGGCAGGGCCGCUUCCGCCUAGGAGUGGACGGGCUGCUAGUGACAGACACCCAGCUAGAGUACAAUGGGGAAUACCGAUGCUAUGCUGAGGAGAAUGGCCUCUGGGCCCUGGUGGCUGCUUAUGCCCUCACUGUGCUGCCCAAGCAGCUGGUGCCACAGCCACCCCCCACUGUGUCAUCCCCCUCUUGGCAUGCUGCCAGCUAUGAUUAUGGGGACAUGAAGUUUAUCUACAUUGCUGUCAUCACAGUGUUGGGUGGGUUGUGCCUAGUGCUCAGUGUUGUGCUCCUUUACGUCUCCUGCCUGCAGAAGCGCAGGGGCAAAUACAGCCUAAGGGUCCCCCAGCCAUCCACUGUGGAGCUGCAGACAGUCUCUUCCAAUUGUCUGGGCAAAGGAGGCGAGGACGAUGAGGACCUGGGCAUCUAUCCAGAUGGCUGCCUGCAGAUCAUCCCUGGGGAAGCCCCUACUGUGGCAUCACCUUCCAAGGAAGUGCUUCCUGUCCCACCGCCGCUACCGCCUCCACUUCCUGCCGAGUUCACCAAUGGCAUUACCACCUUGCCCAACAUGCUGCGCAAGAUGAAUGGGAACAGUUACAUGCUCCUGCGGCAGAACGAGGAGCCAUGCACGUCGCCGCUCUACAACUCCUUUACAGAGGAGCUGAGCAAGAUUCUGGAGAAGCGGAAACACACACAGCUGGUAGAAAAGCUAGACGAGAGCUCCGUGUAGGGGGAACAGGGAGGCCACUUUUCUGAACUAAUCCCUCUAAUCCCUUCUGUGAUUCCUCCUUCCCAGUCCAACAGAACCAGUGUUACGACGCAGCAACUACCUCCGGAGCGGCCCUCCGGAGCCGCCACAGACUCCGCGCUCAUUUCCUUUUUUGUUUUGCUGGCAUUGAUUGUUUGUUUUCCAAUUGCUGUAAAGAAAAUCUUAUUUAAAUGGGAAUUAUAUUUAUAUAUAAAAGAA